AUCGAAGUGAAGCAGAAGCGACGGAUCUGUUUCUUUUUUGAACUGGAAUCAUCAAAGAGCGCUUGCGAAUUCUUUGAAACAGAAAGAUGCAGGCGAGUGAUAGGUUUAACAUCAACUCUCAGCUUGAGCAUCUUCAAGCUAAAUAUGUUGGUACAGGGCAUGCUGAUUUGAGCAGAUUUGAAUGGGCUGUGAACAUUCAGCGUGAUAGUUAUGCUUCGUACAUCGGUCACUACCCGAUGCUUGCCUACUUUGCAAUCGCUGAGAACGAAUCCAUUGGCCGAGAACGCUACAACUUCAUGCAGAAAAUGCUUUUACCUUGUGGCCUUCCUCCAGAAAGAGAAGAUGACUAAAGAGCUUGCAAGUGUUGUGGCAAAUGGAAUCAGAACAACAUUUGAUCUUUCUACUCUCCUAGGAACUCUCUCUCAUGAAUUGUUGUUGUAUUGAACCUAUAAAAGCCUCUCUUAACUCUCUUAUUGUGUAAAGACCUUUGUUUUUCAUACAAUGAAAAAUCACUUUGCUUUUACGAUAA